AUGCAGUCUCAACAGCGGCCACCAGCCUCGCAAGGGUCGAGAUAUGGCCAUCCGGGAACUCCGCAGCAAGUUCGUCGACAAGCCAAUGCUCCGUUACCAGGACAAACUGCUCAAUUGCAAAACAAUCGUGGUCCUCAACCGCCAAAAAAGAAGAAACGAUACGCCGAUAAAUUAAUUCAACCUAAAGUCCGUGAGUUGGUUCCGGAGUCUCAAGCUUAUAUGGACUUGCUAGCUUUCGAGCAAAAGUUGGACUCAACAAUCACAAGAAAGAAAAUAGAUGUUCAAGAAGCGUUGAAGAGGCCGCAGAAAAUAAAGAAACGUCUCCGAAUCUACAUUUCGCAUACCUUCAUUGCCGGAAAAGAGCCGGAGAAAGAAGGCGAUGAAGCUUCAGUUCCAAUGUGGGAGCUUCGUGUCGAAGGACGUCUUCUAGACGAUAUGUUGCAACAACUUCAACAACAACAACAACCUGGAGGAGCAGCUGCGGCUGCGAGUGCUAACCCAAGAGCUCCACCGAAGCGAAAGUUCAGUUCAUUCUUCAAGAGCCUGGUAAUUGAACUGGAUAAAGACAUUUAUGGUCCGGAUAAUCAUCUUGUCGAGUGGCAUCGUACUCCACAAACCAACGAAACUGAUGGAUUCCAAGUGAAACGGCCAGGAGAUCGUCCUGUCAAAUGCACCAUUCUUCUUCUUCUUGACUACCAACCAAUGAAGUUCAAACUUCAUCCACGACUUGCAAAAGUUCUCGGAAUCGCCGCUGAGACUCGCCCACGAAUCAUUGAAGCUCUCUGGCAAUACAUCAAAACGCACAAGCUUCAGGAUCCACAAGAUCGGGAUACUAUAAACAAUGAUUUGUUCUUGGAACAAUGCUUCGGUGUAAAAAAGAUGAGAUUCAUGGAAAUCCCACAACGUCUUCAUCAGCUUCUACAACAACCUGAUCCACUCAUAUUGAAUCAUAUUAUUCAAAGACCGGAAGAUGGUCAAGACAAGACAUCUGCCUGCUAUGACAUUGAUGUUGAGCUCGAGGAUCCGGUGAAACAGCAAAUGGCAAGUUUCGUGCACAAUCAAAACAAUGCCAACGAUAUCCAAGUUCUCGAUCGAAAAAUAUAUGAUCUGGUUGACCAGAUCAACGAAAUGAAACUCCGUCGUGACUUCUUCCUUCGAUUCUCAAACGAACCCAGCGGAUUCAUAAAGAAAUGGGUUGUCAGCCAGAACACCGACUUAAAAACUCUGACCGAAUCAAAUGGUGAUGGAGAAGCCGAUCGUCAUGCCAACACAUACACCACUAAUGAUGCGGACGAAGGAGUUUCCAGAUACAUGUACCAAAAAGUUCAACAAAAACGAGCCGAAUUGGAGCAAAGCUUGGGAAUCCGGAACAAUUAA